UAUUUUUUGAAUUACUGAUAUUUAGAUGAUUAAUAUUGUUAGCUGUUAGGGUAAAUAGAUAAAUUGUUAAAGAAGUGACGCUGCUAAAGAAUGCUUUUAUAGAUGUCGGAUUGUAGACAACAUUUCAAAAGCGCAAGAAUGAAAAGCAAUCAACCAAAAUUUAUCAAGCAAUAUGCCUCUGGUGUAAUCGACUUUAGUUCACAGUAUGGGGGAGAAAAUCCCAGAAGUGUGUCAUAUUCGGUUGCAAAUAUUGCCGGAGAACCAAGAAUAUUUCCAUCGUACGGAGAUUUCACUCAAGCUGCAGUGUUCCGAACUUAUGGCCCAUGGUGGAAAGAUAAAAAUGAGGCAUCUAAAGCAUCUGGACAUCCCAGGGAAAAAAACUUCUACAGCGAAGAUUACAUUGAUUUAGUAUUUGAUCAAUCUGUCUAUCCAUGGUCAAUUGCCAUUUUUGAAACCUACAACCCUGGAGCCGUGGUCAGGAUACUUGCAUUAAGACAAUCAUUCCCAGUACAUAAUAUUGGACUCUCUCAAAAUGAAGAAAGGCCAAUGCCAGUACCGGUUCCAUUUGCAACAGGAUGCUCACAUUGGGAGAUAUUAUGGGAAUGUAGUUCUCCUGAACAAAAUCUUCCUUCAUCUCCAAAUGAAGCUCGAAUGUUUGCUCCUAUUCUAAAUGAAAUGAAACAUCUAACUAGGAUCAUUCGACUUGAAUUUUGUAGCACUCACCUACAAUAUUAUACUGAACUUGAUGCAGUUGAACUUACAGGUACUUUGACAUACUACCCUUCAACCUCAGUCGAUCCUCCAGUGAAACUAUUUGAAGAAUUGAAGAUAGUUGAUGACGAGACUGUCAAAUCUUAUUCGAAUAAAAUGAAGGACAUAUCUCGAAACAAAUCGAAAAAUGACACCGUUUCUGAAUCAAAAGUUGAACACAAUAAUGGAUAUUUUGACAAUCUUCCACCGGAACUUUUAUGUUAUAUAUUCUCAUUUUUACCUCUUAUGGAUUUAUGCCGCUGUGCUCGUGUGUGCAAGCUGUUUCAUGAACUUAGCUAUGAUCCCUCAUGGUUUAACAAUAUCGACCUUAGAAGUUGUUGGCACCUCAUUAACGAUGAUGCGUUAGAAUGCUUGGUUACACAUUGUAAUCCGAAGUUAUAUGAUGUGACGUGGGAAGACAAUAAAUCGCCACCUACUCCUCAAGUGCAGUCAGUGAAUUUAACAUGGUGUGGUGGUGGUGGAAUUGUUUCAAGCGGAUCUCUAGUAAAUUUUGUCGCGAAUUGUGGAUCUCAUGUUCUCACUCAUUUGUCACUUGCAUCAUGUCCGAUCGUUUCUGAUGAAGUUCUGAGCAAAAUUUCACAUUAUUGUCCAAACUUACAACAUCUUAAUAUCUGGUCAUGUGACGCACCCACAUCUGAAGGACUGAGGAUUUUACACAAUUUAACGAAACUUGAAUAUGUUAAUUUUUAUCGAACAAAGAUAGAUGAUGCUGGAAUUCUAUGCAUUCUUCAUUCUAAUCCAAACUUACAAAGCAUAAAUCUUGGAAGCUGUAUUUGCAUUCUUGAUUUUGAUAGGGUUCUUGUUGAAUUGUCUCAACAUUGUCCUAAAAUAAGAAGUUUAGAUUGCUGGAGAGCAAAAAGUUUGACAAGCCAUGGAAUUAACUCAUUAACGACUUCAUGCAAUUUUAUUGAAGAACUUGAUUUGGGAUGGUGUGGAGGAUUGCAGAGCAGUUCAGGUUGUUUCCAGAUAUUGGCGUCGAAUUGUCCUCAUUUAACCAAGUUAUAUGUGACUGCCAACAGAACUAUAUCAGAUGCUGAAAUCAAUGCCCUGAGCAAGAACUGCCCCAAGCUAGAGAAAUUGGACAUUCUUGGAACAAGAUUGGUUACUGUACCUUCUAUUAUCAAUCUCCUUGAAUCAAGCAAGAAUUUUAGUUUUCUGGAUGUUUCUUUUUGUUUUGCAUUCUCCAAAGAAGUCGUCCACUCAUUGGACCAACAAUAUCCUCAUGUAUCGAUAAAAAGAAGCUUUCAAGAAGAUAACUGAGUAAAUUUAUCAUAAAUAUUGCAUCUCACUUUAUCAAACACCAUUUAACUGUACUAAAAUAAACUUAUGCUAGAUUGAUACAUGCUUAUAUCCUAAUAAAGCGUGUAUGAUUAGAAUGUUAAAAUAACUAUCUAUAUGCAAACAAAAAAUUGUGUUUACUGUAUACCCAAAAUUUUAAUUCAAGCCAAAAUAAAUUUUAAUCUUGCCAGACAUUGUUGUUAUUGUCCCAAAUUAAAAUUGCUCCAGGUCGAUAUUGUCAUAUCUCCUGUUUUUUUUCAAUGAAAGAGCAAAAGGAUAACUCAUGAAAUUUUGCAAAAUUUACUUUGGAAUACUAAAAUGUUAAGAAAUAAUUUGUAAAAUGUUUUUGCUUUGCAACCACUCAGAGAAACAUUUAAAUUGUCUGUUGCAGCUUUUCAAUGUAUAUCAAAAUCUGUGUGACCAAUGAAUCAAGUUACUUUUUCAAACUGAACUUCAUCCUAUAUUGAGAUAGGAAAAAUGGUGUAAGCUUUAUCUGCAAUUGCUGUUAAAAAGAGCCUUUGUCAAAUAAUUGUGAUGCGCUUAAUAAAACAAUAACUCUGUAAGGUUUUGGCUUCAAAAAGAUAUUUAUUUCUUGCGAAAAAGCUCUUUCAAUUUUCUUCAUUUGAUUUAAAUUUGUAAGGCAAAUCUUGAUUUAUUCACUUAUUGACUGCAUAAUAUAUUUUGACGUGAUAUAUAAUAUUUGCAAUCCUUCAUUUUAUUUAACUGUAUUUAGUAUAUAUAUUUUUUUGAAAUAUCCUAGACUGAAAUUUAUCUCUAUAUUUUAAAAAUUUAUUUUGUGUAUUUUAGUAUUCAGUAUUAUGUGUUUAUUUUACAAAUAUCUAUCUCCAAAAUGAGCAUUUGAGUUUUAAACAUUUUCUGUAGUUAACACAAAUUUUUUUUUGGAGAUUCUGGCAUUGUGAAAUUAUUGAAAUGUGGUACAGGG